GAGUUUUUAAUGAUGCAUCAAAUUCAUUGGCUAGAAUGUUUCAAAAUACAUUUAAAGACUUCUUUAGACCGUUACAAUGCUCAAGACAUGUAUCGUGAAUUAUUAAAAUGUGCUGAAGAUGGCGAAAUUUCUAGUGAAGAAGUUCCUAAACUUGCAACAAUCCAGAAUUGGAUAACGAAAACUACAUUUGAACACCAAGAACAAGCAGUAUUAAAAGUUAUGAAUGAAAAUGCUUUAAAUUUAGCAUAA